AUGUCGAAUGUACCGAGUUUCGCAGAGCGUAAGCAGCCUGGUGUCUUGUGCCUCUUUGAUGUAGAUGGCACGCUUACGCCAGCACGUCAGCAGGUGUCCGACGAGAUGCUCGACGUGCUCAAGGCUCUUCGUGAGCACGUGGCCAUUGGUUUUGUGGGAGGAAGUGACCUCUCCAAGAUCCGUGAGCAGCUCCAACUUGCUGGUCACGAAGACAUUGUGCACCAGUUUGACUACGGUUUUGCUGAAAAUGGUUUGACGGCGUACAGGCUUGGCUCGCAGCUUCCGAGCCAGUCGUUCAUCAACUGGCUUGGUGAGGAAAAGUACAAGAAGUUUGUCAAGUUCGUUCUUGCAUACAUUUCCCAACUGGAUAUUCCUGUGAUGCGUGGUACCUUUGUCGAAUUCCGCAAGGGUAUGGUAAACAUCAGCCCUAUUGGACGCAACGCCUCGGUAGCUGAGCGUCACGAGUUUGAGGCGUACGACAAGGAGCACCAGAUUCGCGCUAAGUUCGUGGAGGCUCUCAAGAAUGAGUUCCCUGACUAUGGUCUGUGCUAUAGCAUUGGCGGUCAGAUCAGCUUCGACGUGUUCCCGGCUGGCUGGGACAAGACCUUCUCGCUGAACCACGUGAAGAAGGACGACUGGAAAGAAAUCCACUUCUUCGGCGACAAAACCUUUGAGGGCGGUAAUGACUUUGAGAUCUUCACGCAUGAUGAAGUCCAGGGCCACUCGGUGACUAAGCCUGAAGAUACCAUGGCCCAGCUGCGUGAAUUGUUUCUCCACCUAUAG